AUGAAUAAAUUCACGAACACCCCGAAGGAGAUCGACCAUUACGUCGAAAUAAUCAACAAGCAAUUGUAUUUCGCCGUGUUGAAGGAAAAGCAGAUCAUCAAGCUGAAGAACAACGCCACCACGUUGUUCUUUUGCAUCGAUCAAGAGCUGGUUUACGACAACUAUUACAACGAUUUCGGUCCUUUAAAUGUCUCCUGCUUCUAUAAGUACAGCUACAAAUUGAAGAAGUACCUCCAGUUCGCCAACGGUACUAAAAUUGUGGUGCAUUACACGUGCGAUGAUCCGGAGAAGAAAGCCAACGCCGCUUGUUUGAUGGGAUGUUUCAGCGUGAUGUACCUCAAUUUCCAUCCGAAGGAAAUCUGGUGUAUUUUGCAGGAAUUGGGGCCUUAUAAAAACUAUUCGGACGCUUCUCAACAAGUAAGCAGUUUCACGCUGAAAAUAAAAGAUUGCUUACAGGCUCUGCAGAAAGCGUUGAUGUACAAUUUCAUAAAUUUCGACGAUUUCAACGUGGUCGAAUACGAUUUGUACAACAAACUGCAAUACGGCGACAUGAACUGGCUGAUUCCGAGGAAAUUCCUGGCCUUCAUCGGCCCGGCGGAAAAUUAUUCCGCCCAUCCUCCCGAAUUCUAUCUGAAAUACUUCCUCAAAAACGACGUCAAGACCAUCAUUCGACUGAACAAUCCACUGUACAACUCCCAAGUGUUCACCCAGCUCGGCAUUCAGCAUUUCGAUUUGAUAUUCCGCGACGGGUCCACUCCUCCCAAGGAAAUUCUCAUGAAAUUUUUAUCUAUUGCUGAAAUGGCACCAGCUGCUAUUGGUGUACAUUGCAAGGCGGGCCUGGGAAGAACUGGUUCGCUGAUUGGAGCUUACAUCGUGAAGCACUACAUGAUGACCGCCAGAGAAGCCAUAGCCUGGAUGCGAUUGUGCAGGCCCGGCUCGGUGAUAGGCCAACAGCAGAAAUGGCUGGAGAAACUGGAAUCGUGGCUGUGGAAAACCGGAAGCCAGUACAGAAUCCGUCAGUACGGUGCUGAUAAAAUUCCGAAGCACAAGUACGGCAUAUACAGCAAGGAAUGGCCGAUGGAAAGGGAAAGGAUAAUAACGGACGCGAAGCGAAAGAUCCAGGACUCGUUCACCAGCGCGCAAAUGGAGAGGACCUUGUACAGGAAGCGCAUAUCCUCCAGCACCGACUCGUUCACUAGGAACAGCGUCCAAGUGUCGAGGAGGGUGGGCUCGUCGAAUUCGUUCAAGAUGGGCAUCAACUCGAAGUCGCAGAAAUCGAAUCAAUGCGAGGCGAAGGACGCGUCGGGUAUGUGGGAGCCCGUGCAGGCGAAAUUCUCGAAUUUUUCGAGCGUCGAGAGCCACAAUGCGAAGAAGAGGCGCGGCGAGAUGUGUGUACAGUCGAAUUGGAACAGGAACUCGCAGGGCACGCAGGGCGAUAAGUUGAAUCUGAUCAAGGCGAAUUGGGGUUAUAAUAUGAACGAAAUUCGCGGUUAUUCUUCCAUCAUACCGAAGUAG